UUUCAUUCUCUAAAAAUUUCUAUGAACAAUAAAAUCCCCCACUCUCAAAUAGGCAGGGCCGACUUAUGCCCGGUUGGGGAUACCGAGGAUUCCAAGCGGAGGGACUGACCGUGUUCUCGAGCAGGUUCCAAUUUUCCUUCGCCGCAGGAGCUUCCAUGAAUGCCUGAAAGUCGAAGCUUGAGUCGGCAUCAAUGGCCAUCGUCAUCCCCUUCUCUGCUUCCUUGCGCGCUCCUCUCGCUUCUUCACCUCCACUCCUUCGCAUCGCCAACCUCGCCGCGGCAACCUGCGCUCGCCGUCUUCGGUGUUACGGUGGCGGCACCGCAGUCCAGCUGCAACGGCAGCAAGAAGGGAAGAAUCGGCUGGGGAGCCCCGAGCUCGUCGCCUUAGAGUACGCGGGCCUCAAUCUUCCUCACAAGCUCUCCGAGGAAUUGGGUCAUGUCAGGACCAGGCAACAUGUCAAUCCUCUCAGUUCUUCCUUCUCGAUGCCUGCGCAAGCGCCGAACUGGGACGAGGUUUUGGAGGACCCGACCUUGCCUCUGAUGGUGGACAUUGGGUGUGGCAGUGGCAGAUUUCUCAUGUGGCUCGCAAAAGCAAAUCCCACAGGAAACUAUCUGGGACUGGAAAUCCGGCAGAAAGUAUGGCAUGAACACCUUGGGUUACUUCUAGCACACUCAGCAAUGACUCUGAUUCUUGCUAAGCGUGCAGAAUGCUGGGCAAAGGAGCUGGCUCUAAAGAACAUACAUUUUCUGUUUGCAAAUGCCACAGUCUCUUUCAAACAUAUAAUAUCCACUUACCCAGGUCCUUUGGUAUUAGUUUCAAUCCUUUGUCCAGAUCCUCAUUUCAAGAAAAAGCAUCAGAAGAGAAGGGUUGUGCAAAAGCCUUUGGUAGAUUCUAUUUUGGAUAGUCUAGCUCCUGGCGGAAAGGUAUUUAUACAGUCUGAUGUGCUCGAUGUGGCUGUCGACAUGAGAAAUCUAUUCGACGAGAGAUACGAUUUGCUUCAACACGUCGAUUCCAUCGAUCCGACAAUUUCGUGUGACGUGGAUGGAUGGUUACUGAAAAACCCAAUGGGGAUACGAACAGAGAGAGAAAUCCAUGCAGAAUUCGAAGGCGCUAAUAUAUACAGAAGAUUGUACCAGAAGAAGCUGGCGUAAUAUUAGGGUGGCGUUUCCCUGGUAUAGGCUGUGAUGAGGUGGAAAAGUCUAGGUCAUUUUGUAUUUGCUUAUGCAGGAACGAUUCUUGUUCUUUAUAGUUCUCUGGGUUUGGAUAAGAACAAGAUUGCCACCUCCUCUUGAACAACUCCACUGCCUCUCUCCUUCCAACCACUCCA